AUGUUACCUCUUCCUAAUGAAUAUUCUGCUAUUCCAACAGGCUCAACCGUUCUGGUGACGGGCGUCAACGGUCUGAUUGGGUCUCACGUUGCCAAUGAAUUCCUUGAACGGGGCUACAAUGUUCGUGGAACAGUGCGCGAUGUGUCCAAAAGCGCCUGGGUCCAAGACCUCUUCGUCAAGCAGUAUGGCCAAGACAAGUUUACGCUAUUUCCCGUUAUCGACCUGGCUUUGACAGAGGCAUUCGAAGAGGCUGUAAAAGGGGUUGCCGCGGUUGUACAUGUCGCCUCACCCCUGGACUGGGGCACCAGCACUGAGAGCUUGAUCACCAAUGCGGUUGUUGGCGCCAUGAAUGCCUUGAAAGCAGCUAACAAGCAGCCGAGCGUGAAACGCUUCGUCCUCACCAGCUCCUCAGUUGCAGCAGUUUUUCCUCGGCCUGAGGUGGAAGGUAUCGUGGUGACGGAGAACACCUGGAACGAUGAGGCUGUGGCAGCGGCACAGGGUUCAUCCUCACCGGCGCACUGGUACGUGGCCUAUGCAAGCAGCAAAACAGAGGCAGAACGAGCUGUGUGGGGUUUCUAUUACAAGGAUCAGUCCCGUCGUUCGGAUUUGGUCGUGAAUACAGUGCUUCCUAGCACGAAUUUCGGUAAAAGUCUUGACCCUGCGAACCAAGGACACCCGUCGACGUCUUCUUUCAUCCAGAGUCUCUGGAACGGGACCGAUCUAGAACGGCUGAAGAAUAUUCCCCCUCAGUACUUUGUUGAUGUACAGGACACCGCGAGGCUUCACGUUGCAGGAGCAACAUUCUCUGAUGUCGAGGGUGAAAGAUUAUUUGCUUGGGCAAAGCCAUGGAACUUUGAUACAAUUCUUGCUAUCCUACGACGCCAGAACCCGAACAAGACCUUCAUCAAGGAUUUCCAGUCUGGCCGGGACCUAUCAGAUGUUGAGAAGCCACGAUCGCGAUCUAUUCAGCUGUUAGAAAGGCUGGGCAAGUCGUCAUUCACCUCUCUAGAGGACAGCGUUAGACUGAACAGCCAGGACUUGACUUAG